AUGAUUAAUCAGCACCCAGGCUUAUCGUCUCUCAGUACACAGUACUUAGAUGACCUCAUACAGCUAGUUGAGGCAGAUUUGUCUCAUAAUCCAGAACACACCCGGCGGUUAUGCCGACGAGUACCAGAAACAGAGACCAAUUCUUCAACGCAAAACGUACCUUCAGAACCGCCUGAGACGCUCGUACAUAAUGAUAAGCCGAAUGUAUCGUCAUGGCUGGACUACUUCCGCAGUGAGCCAGCAUUCCUAAUACACCUGGCUCCCGAUUUCGACCUGUCGAAGCUGAGGCUGCUGGCAUCCGCCACCGACGAUCUGCAAGCCUUAUGGAGGAGUCACACAACGCGUCUGCCGACGAUUGUGCCGGCAGCGGCAUGCUGGCGCGGGCUGCAACCUUCCUUUGAACAACUCUGGGUCGAAUCGGUGAAGAUCAAAACACAUGGACAAGAUCUUCGGGUCUAUGAACAGGGUGAACAGUCAGCUAACGCCGCGCUCGCGUUCUGGCAGCUGGCGAGGCCGAAUCAGGACAAUCCCAUCUGUAUUAUCGGGAUGGAGCCUCCAGCAUUAAUACGACAUCGAACAUUUGGAGGUUGUGCUCAACUUUAUCAACAAGUGACCACGUACCUUGAACAGCGAAUGGUGUUUAAUAUGACGCCGAAAUUCUCGUUCGUCGACUUGCAUAUAGACUAUGGCAAGGAUGGCAUCUCCGCCACUUUACACGAAUGCGAAAAAGUGUGGGUGAUGUAUCCUCCGACACCUCACAACCUGCAGUGGGUGGCCGAGCACCGGGGCCAGCAAGCCAAACUAGCACAGGGGAUGGCGGUCUUGGAAGGGGGCGUAGUGGCACACACGACUUCGGCGGAAGCGGUCUACCUACCGGCGGGAUGCUUGCAUGCUGUCUUCACCGUUGCCGGUGGGUUCCUAGUCUCGAUCGAUUGUACCACUCAGAGGUCAGUAUGGCCGUUUGCACAAUACCUCCGUCAUAACGUGCAAGCAGAGCUAGAGGCCGACGAACAGCGAAACUGCUAUUUUCUCUUUAUGGAUUCCCUCGACGUGGCGCUGCAGAAUGCUGGGGAGAGGGAUGCAUUCCGUGCAUGGGUCGCGGUUGAACAUCUCCUCCAGAUGAAGAGAAAGAAGGACGGAGGGUGGCUUCGAGCUACACGAAAGGUGUGGGAUGGCUAUCUGAAGGCUGACCCGAUCAUUGAUCUUGAAUGUCCCUGCCAUGGUGCAGCCAGCUCUUUCUUCCUUGAACAUUUCAAAGAUCGGCAUCUACGUUGGCUAUUCAAUGAUGCCGCGGAGAGCCCUACUGAGCGCAACUCAAGCACUAGAUCUGGAACCAGCAACAUCAGGAGAAAAUGCGCCACGGAAAAGAGGCGAAUUUCACGUGGAUGA